GAGCUUCCGUUUCCGGGGUUGUGACACAGACAUCAUGGCCGCACACAGGCACUCAGGUGUCUUUUAACAAGCGUCUCUCCGAUAAACGCAGUUUUGUGAGUUCAGUUCACAAUGGCUUGCCGAGCUUCGUGUCUUUUGCGUCCAUGGCGUCUGAUGUCCAGCACUGCUGCAUCUCGGCCAGUCACACAUCAUCCAUCCACUCCUGAAAUCCAGAAGCUACGCAAUGAGAUGUUUAGCAGAGAGAAAGCACGUCAGCAGUCCCUCAUCCCACGAAUUGAGAAAAUCGAGGUACAGCUGGUAGGAGAUGCUGACCCGGGAACUAUGUUCAUCAUGAACAAAGGCCUGUCCACGCCCUACAGCUGUGCCAAGCAUCUUAGUGAAUGGUACACAGACAACUCUGUUCUGGCCUUGGUGAAUGGAGAAGUGUGGGACAUGAAUCGCCCGCUCACUCAGUCCUGUGAAAUUAAAUUCCUCACUUUUAAGGACCAGGAUCCAGAAGAAGUGAACAAGGCAUAUUGGCGCUCAUGUGCAAUGAUGCUGGGUUAUGUUGUGGAGACUGCCUUCAAGGAGGAGUUCUCUGUUGAGUUGCUUCAGAGUCCCGAGGUACCAGUUGUGUCUGGAGCCUUCUGUUAUGACGUUGUUUUGGACAGUCAGCUGAACUCUUGGAAACCUACACAGGAGAACCUGCAGUCUUUCACUAAAGAGGUGAAUAAACUCAUCCAUCAGAACCUGCCUUUCGAAGCACUGGAUGUUGAGCCUAAGGUCGCCCUGGACAUAUUUCAGCACAGCAGGUAUAAAAAGGCUCAGGUAGAAGAGAAAGCAUCUGGCAGUCCCCAAGGAACUGUGCGUGUGUACCGUUUUGGCGAGUUUGUAGAUCUGAGCGAUGGACCCCACAUCUCCCGGACAGGCCUGUGUUCCCUGUAUGAAGUCACAGCCGCACAUAUUCUGGAGCAUCAAGGACCGUGGGGACAUGUACAUCGAUUCCAAGGGCUGUCACUGCCUCGCCAGCUAAGGGUGUUUUACCACAUUUGGGAACGUCUGAGGAGAAGGGCACGGAAUCCGGUUGAAGACGCCGAUCCUAGAAAAACAGAAGAUCCGAGAGAAGGCCUGACUACACCCCACAGCAGCUCAGAAACGCAGCAGCAGAGUGAGCACUAGGUGGAAGGGCAUCCUGCUGAAAGAGACCACUGCCAUGAGGGGUGUACUGUAUGUGGUCCCCAACAACCUUCAGUUAGGGGGUACGUGCCGUCACAUGCACACCGCCAGGACCCAAGGUCUCCUAGCAGAAAGUUUGCCCAGAGCGUGCCGCUGCCAACUUGCCCUACUUCCCAUAAUGCCUCCUGCUGCCAUCUCUCCCCCAGAUUAACAACGUUAAACGCACCCGGCCGUCCACACGAUUUAAAAGUAAAUGCUCCAGGGUCCAGUUCGUAGGUUCUUUUGGUGAUCCCCCCUGACCGGCUUUACAGCAAGCGGCGAUGCACUGCGUUUUCUUUCACGGCCCGCAUUAAGUUUUCUGCCCUCUUGCCUGAUCGGAGCCGAUUGGCCACGCACAUCGAUGAGCCUUGGGUGCCCAUAACCGGUUGCCCUUCCUCAGACCACCUUUGGUGGGUCGUAACCACUGAAUGCCACCGGGAAUGCCCCCACUAGAUGUGCCGUUUUGGAGAUGCAGUGACCCAGUCGUCUGACGGGCAUCACACUUUGGCCAAAGUCGCGCAGAUCCUUACGCUUCCAACACAACACCUUCUAGAAUUCCCAGUUAAAACAUCCCAGCCCUUGUAACCGUAAUCAGUGGUGUUC